GGGGAACCUGUGACCAGUCAUCAUAUCUCAGGUUUAGAGAUAUCAAGUCUGGACAAAAAUUAUUUCAUACAACUGUCCAAUGUAUUUACACAUAUGACCAUGCCUGUUUCCAAGCUCAACAUUCCAAGACAAAAAGACCUGACUCAAUGGCCUUACUUGAAGGAUGUCAAGAUUCAUGAAAUAGACGCUGGCAUUGACCUGCUCAUCGGCACAAAUGCUUCUAAGGUAUUGGAACCUUGGGAGGUGGUCAAUAGCCAAGGGGAUGGACCAUACGCUGUGAGGACCCUACUGGGGUGGGUCAUCUAUGGGCCCUUGAGAGUAGACAACGACGUCAGGGAUGAGAAUGGCUGCCCUGUUGCUGCUGUCAAUCGAAUGUCUAUUGUGAAUCUAGAGGAGCUACUGGUUAAACAAUACAAUCAUGAUUUCAAUGAGGUAACCAGCAAGGAAACAGAGGAAAUGUCCAGAGAAGAGAGACAAUUCUUGGAUAUUGUGAAUAACUCAAUAAAAAUUACAGAUGGUCACCACUGUCUAGACUUACCUUUGAAGCAAGAAAAUCCCAGCAUGCCAAAUAACCAUUGCAUAGCAGAGCAGCGCAUCCAAAGCCUGAAACGCAGGUUUGGUAAACAUGAGGUUUUUCACAAUGAAUAUACAACUUUUCUCAAAGAAAUGAUUGACAACGGCUAUGCUGAAAGGAUACCAGUAGAUCAACUGAAUCGUAAUGAUGGGGGACUCUGGUAUAUCCCACAUCACGGGGUGUAUCACCCGAGGAAAGGAGCCUUAAGAGUGGUCUUCGACUGCGGUGCUGUCUUUAAGGGAACAUCGCUCAAUGAACAAUUGCUACAGGGUCCAGAUCUUACCAACUCACUCAUCGGAGUACUCAUCAGAUUCAGACAAGAGCCAGUUGCCCUGAUGGCUGACAUCAAAGCAAUGUUUCACCAGGUCAAAGUGUCAGAAGAUCAUAUUGACUAUCUGCGAUUCCUAUGGUGGCCUGAUGGUGAUGUGCAGCAGGAUCUUGUUGAAUACCGGAUGAAAGUACACCUCUUUGGAGCAGUGUCAUCACCGAGUUGUGCAAACUUUGCACUAAGACGGACAGCUGAAGAUAACAAAGCUCACUUUCCAGCAGAGGUUACAGACACCGUAAAGAACAACUUUUACGUAGAUGAUUGCUUAAAAUCCAUCUCCACAGAACAGGACGCUGUUCUUAUGGUAAAAGACCUGACUGCUCUCUGCAAGAAGGGAGGUUUCAUGCUGUCAAAGUGGAUCAGCAACAGCCGUAAAGUAUUGGCAUCCAUUCCACAAGAAGCCAGGACCAAAGAGACAAAAGAGUUGGACUUGGACAGGGACAACCUGCCAAUGGAAAGAGCGCUAGGAUUGCACUGGUGCGUUGAAACAGAUGUGUUCAUGUUCAGAAUUACUGCACAGCCACGAGCAUACACCAGACGCGGGAUCUUGUCCGUAGUUGGCUCUGUAUACGACCCUUUAGGAUUUCUAGCACCAUUUAUUCUGCCAGCCAAACUGAUUAUGCAGGAACUCUGUAGAAAAAACCUUGGAUGGGAUGAAAACAUACCCCAAACUAUUUCUCAGCAGUGGACCGGAUGGUUGGCAGAUCUGAACAAGAUGACAGAGUUUAGAGUGGACCGUUGCAUGAAGCCCACAAGCUUUGGUCAAAUCAGAAAUGCACAAUUGCACCACUUCUCAGACACCAGCGAGAGUGGAUACGGUACGGUGUCAUAUCUUAGACAGGAAAACAACGACAAAGAGGUGCAUGUUGCUUUCAUGAUAGGUAAAGCAAGAGUAUCACCAUUAAAGCAAGUAACGAUCCCCAGACUGGAGCUCACAGCUGCAGUUCUAGCCGUCAAAGUUGACAGAAUGCUUCGGAGGGAAUUACAGCUUCAGCUGAACAAAUCCAUCUUUUGGACUGAUAGCACAACAGUGCUGAAAUACAUCAACAACGAAACCAAACGUUUCAGAACAUUUGUAGCAAAUAGGAUCUCCUUUGUAAGGGAUUCUACUGAUGUGUCACAAUGGGGAUAUGUUAGCACAAAGGAAAAUCCGGCAGAUGAAGCCUCUAGGGGGCUAACAGCAAACCGCUUCUUAAGCUGCAAAAGAUGGAUCAAGGGACCAGAGUUUCUCUGUCAGCCAGACAGAGAAUGGCAGAAACUUCAUUUGGAAACUGCAAUCUCUGCAAAUGAUCCGGAAGUCAAGCAAGACCUCACAAGCAACCUCAUUGUUAAAGGUCCAUUGAAUCCCACCAGCUCUCUGAUAAGUUAUUUCUCUUCAUGGAGAAGUCUGAUGACAACUGUAGCUUGGCUACUUAAAGUAAAAACAACUAUCUUACUGCUGACUAGAAAAAGAAAGGAGAUUCAGACUGCUGCGAGUAACUUUAAAGAUGAGUCAAGCCAAUUGAAGGAGAUACAAGCUUUUAAAGCAACACUCCAAAGACGGUGUUCAAAUCCUGAGGAUCUGAACCGAGCAGAACGUGCAGUUAUUUCUUUCAGUCAAAGACAAAGCUUUGAAGAAGAACUAUCUACGCUAAAGGCUGGUAAAAGUGGUGUUAAAAGAAGCAGUCGUCUGUAUAAACUGGACCCGGUGUUGGAUGAUGGACUUCUGCGAGUAGGUGGUCGCCUGAGUAGACUAGCUAUGCCUGAAGAGGCUAAGCAUCCAGUUAUUCUCUCGAAAGACUUGCACAUAUCAACGCUAUUGCUAAGACAUAUCCAUGAACAACUUGGCCACGGAGGAAGAAAUCAUAUGCUAUCUCAACUCCGUAAAAAAUACUGGAUUAUCAAAGCCAACUCUGCAGCAAGAAGGAUCAUAACAUACUGUGUUGUGUGCAAACGACAUCGGGGAAGAGAAAAUGGCAGACUUACCCCUGGAAAAGAUUCUACCAGAUAAGCCUCCAUUUACAAAUGUAGGAGUAGACCACUUCGGUCCUAUAGAGAUCAAGAGAGGACGAAGUCUUGUUAAAAGAUAUGGCAUAAUCUUCACCUGCAUGGCAAGCAGGGCAGUAUAUAUCUUGAAGUUGCACAUACUCUUGAUACAGACUCCUGCAUCCAUGCAUUAUGAAGAUUUAUUUGUCGACGAGGUCAAGUGUUGUCUUUAGGAUCAGACAGGGGCACAAAUUUUAUUGGAGUUGAAAGAUUUGAGGGAAGCACUCAACGCCUUAAAUCAGGACAAAAUCCAGACUGCUAUGCUUCAGAAGGGAAUAAAAUGGUGACGUUACUUCUCAGAGCUCUCAAAAAGUAUUCAGGUAUAUUCUCCGGUAAUCUGCAACUCGAAGGUCGGAAUGUUCCCACUUCCCAGUUGCUAAUGAACUAUCUUUCCAAAACGGAGAGGUUUGAUACAUUAAAUAGGUCAGCUAUCUAUCGAUCGAUAACUAGCUGGCUUGCUUACCUGCAUGUAGUCCAUUCUUGUGGUUCUAAAAAAUCUUACAAACAAAAAACCGACUGCUGACCACACGAUAUUCCAAUGUUAAGUAGCAUAGUGGUUAGAGAUGAAGACUGCCAAGUAGUCGAACUGGGUUCGAUUCUCACCACGAGAUCCAAAGAAAUUCAGGAACCAAUGAGAAAGAAAGUAAUAGAGAUCUAUCAGUCUGGAAAAGGUAAUAAAGCCAUUCCUAAAGCUUUGGGACUCCAGUGAACCACAGUGAGAUCCAUUAUCCACAAAUGGCGAAAACAUGGAACAGUGGUGAACCUUCCCAGGACUGAUCAAAAUUACCCCAAGAGCGUAGCGACGACUCAUCCAAGAACAUAAAGGCUUGUCUAAUUUUUUCCUUGAUGAUCUGCAAGACUUUUGGGAAAGUACUCUGUGGACUGACAAGACAAAAGUUUAACUUUUUGGAAGGUGUGUGUCCCAUUACAUCUGGCGUAAAAGUAACACCGCAAUUCAGAAAAAAAACAUCAUACCAACAGUAAAAUAUGGUGGUGGAAGUGUGAUGGUCUGGGCCUGUUUUGCUGCUUUAGGACCUGGAACCAAGAUAAAUAGAACCAUGAAUUCUGCUGUCUACCAAAAAAUUGAAGGAGAAUGUCCGGCCACAAGCUGAAGUGAACUUGGGUUCUGCAGCACGACAAUGAUCCAAAACACACCAGCAAGUCCAAGUGGUGGACGAAAAACAAGACUUUGGAGUAGCCUAGUCAAAGUCCUGACCUAAAUCCUAUUGAGAUGCUUUGGCAUGACCUUAAAAAGGCAGUUCAUGCUCGAAAACCCUCCAAUGUGGCUGAAUUACAACAAUUCUGCAAAGAUGAGUGGGCCAAAAUUCCUCCACAGCGCUGUAAAAGACUCAUUGCAAGUUAUCGCAAACGCUUGAUUGCAGUUGUUGCUGUUAAGGGUGGCCCAACCAGUUAACCCUUAACCGGUACAAAAACUUAGCUAACUGUAACUUCCAUAAAACACGAAAUGCACCACUUGAGGUAAUGUGUGACCAUUGAAGCUUGGUAAAAAAGGGCACAAAUUAUUUUAAUUGUUUUCACUUCUACAGGUUUCUCCAAAAGAGUGGUAGAAGUCUAUGUGGGGCUCUUCUUCGUAAUCAACGUCUUUAUUUCUCUGACCUUUAGUUGUUUUGUAGUGCUGUGCUUCCAAGGUUACAUGUUUUCGGAGUGAGUAUAUAUUUUUUAAUUAUAUUUACUGAGGCAUCCAUUUUGGCCUCAUUCAACAACAAAAUUAGUCAACAAUUAAAGAUGCUUUAGAUAUUACUUCUGUGUUCUGGUUUUAAUAGGACAACACAUGCAUAAGGCAUUAUACCAUCUCACCAGUGUAGAAUUGUAUGAAUGUGUUAGAAAUCGGCGGUUUCGUAUAGUGGUCAAAUAAUGUAGAACCCGUAUCAA